ACUGGUGCUACUUUGAGAGGCACGGACUGCUGCCUGGCUUUCUCUUUCUAUCAGAAGCAAGGUCCAACCACUCCAACUUUGAGGCCUUUUGCUCAAGGAUCACGAAGCUUCUCCUCUUGUCUGUCUUUCUUGUCCACAAUGGGUGACAAUAUAACAUAUUUUUCCAUGGAUGACGAUUAUGAUUAUUCAGACUAUAAUUCAGAAACAUUUGAAGAGGAAUUGAGCAACAAAAUGAGCCCUAUCAUCUGGGUAGCACUGGUCCUUUAUGCCCUUGUAUUCCUGGUGGGCAUGGUCGGCAACGGGGCGGUGAUCUGGGUGAUGGGCUUCCAAAUGAAGAGCACAGUGAACACAGUCUGGUUCCUUAAUCUCUCCUUCGCUGACCUUCUCUGCUGCCUGUCCCUCCCUUUCCUGGCCGUGCCACUGGCUUCCAGCAACCACUGGCCUUUGGGUGAGUUCGCCUGCAAGCUCUUGCCCUCUCUGAUAAUUCUCAACAUGUUUGCCAGUGUCCUCCUCCUGAUGCUCAUCAGCAUAGACCGGUGUGGUCUGGUCAUGAAGCCCAUCUGGUGCCAGAACCAUCGCUCAAACCGUCUCGCUUGGAGCCUAUGUGGGGCAGCUUGGAGUUUGGCCCUGAUCCUCACCCUGCCUUCCUUCUUCACCCGAAGGCUCUUGCCCAAGUCUUUCAACGUGACCACCUGUGGUCUCAACUAUGAUGUCUUUGGUGGGAAUCACCACCAUGUGGAGAUCUCUGUGGCUGUCACUCGCUUCCUCCUUGGCUUCCUUAUCCCUUUUGUGGUCAUCAGCGUUUGCUAUGGCUUGCUGGUCUCCUGGGUGCAAAGCAGCCGCUUCAUGCGCUCCAAGAAGACUAUUAUAGUUGUGCUGGUGGUCAUUGUCAGCUUCUUCGUUUGCUGGGCUCCCUACCAUGUGGUUGGCCUGAUCCUUGCCAAUGAGCCCCGAAAUAGUUUACUUUACAAUACUGUAAGUGAGGCUGACUCGCUUGUGGUGGCCAUGGCGUACAUCAACAGCUGCAUCAACCCCAUUAUCUAUGUCAUUGCCGGCCAGGACUUCAAGUCCAAGAUGCAACGCUCCCUGAAGGUCUUGCUGCGCAACAUCUUGAGUGAGGACGCCAUAUAUGCCAAUUCCAUGACCAAGGGACAUACACAGGGUGUCGGCACAACCACGGAGGACCGGAGCACUGCUACAACCUUAUGAGAUGAGCAAUGGAGGUGGGCCAGUCCUUUGCAAUACAGGUUCA